ACCUUUAUCGGAAAAGUAUUUCAAGAAAAAAAAAAGAUAUGUCCAGAAAUUAACAAUAGUAACACAGAGCGUAUGAGUUGUCAAAAAGUUGGCAUAUAUUCCAUCUGUUUUAUUUAGCCAAUCUAUUUUCAUAUCUUACACUGCGGAUAACAAGGGGACAGUGACCUAGGAGAGGAGCUCAGGAUACUUGUAAAGUGAUGACAUAAUGGUGUAAUAGUUUGUUGGUGUUUGUUGUCGAUCGUCACUAACCAUGGAUAGUAUACCCGAGUCACCUUCGAAGACGAGCCCGCUCGCGGAGCCCGAGGCCUUCCCGGAGAGUGAGACAGAUUACUCCAGCAUCAGAGGGAAGAUGGUGCUUGUGAGUCCAACAGCGGAUGAGUAUGAACUGCUCCGCAAGCAACUGCUGGAGAGACUGGAGUCAGGGAAUGGAGAGAUCAUAUAUGACAUUGGUCAAGGAGAAGACGGGCGCGGUCUGACGGAGGACGAGUACAGUGCGUCCGUGGCGACGCUGCAGUCGCUGGUGAGCGGGGAGCGAGUCUCGUGCGUGGAGCUGCGACGCUGGGACUGCGGCAGCGGGCUCACCGGGCAGUACCUGCUGCGCACCGAACUCGACCAUACUGACUUCAUGGAGAUCAGAGUGGCAGUGGUAGGCAACGUAGACGCGGGCAAGUCGACUCUGCUGGGAGUGCUGACCCACGGCGAGCUGGACAACGGGCGAGGGUACGCGCGCCAGCGACUGUUCCGACACAAGCACGAGAUGGAGAGCGGCAGGACCAGCUCCGUCGGGAACGAUAUACUCGGCUUCGAUAGCAUGGGCAAUGUAGUGAACAAACCAGACCACGGCACACUGGACUGGGUGAAGAUCUGCGAGAAGUCUUCCAAAGUGAUCACGUUCAUCGACCUGGCUGGCCACGAGCGAUACCUCAAGACCACCGUCUUCGGAAUGACUGGACAUGCACCCGACUUCGGCAUGCUUAUGAUCGGUGCCAACGCAGGUAUAGUGGGCAUGACGAAAGAACAUCUUGGUCUGGCCCUCGCACUCUCAGUACCUGUCUUCGUAGUGGUGACGAAGAUCGACAUGUGUCCUCCAAACGUCCUCCAAGACAAUCUCAAGCUGCUGAUCAGGAUCCUCAAGUCGUCAGGCUGCCGCAAAGUUCCCGUCAUGGUGAAGACGAAAGAUGACGUCAUCGUUAGCGCUACUAACUUCGUGUCGCAGAGGCUAUGCCCAAUCUUCCAAGUAUCAAACGUGACGGGAGAGAACCUGGAGCUGCUGACCAUGUUCCUGAACCUGCUGAAGACGAGGAUGCCCUCGCAGGACGACAAGCCUGCAGAGUUCCAAAUUGACGACACCUACUCAGUACCGGGUGUGGGCACAGUAGUAUCAGGCACGACGCUAGCGGGAGUGAUCAAGUUGAACGACACGCUGCUACUGGGCCCCGACCCGCUGGGCCGCUUCACUCCCAUCACCGUCAAGAGUAUACACAGGAAGAGAAUGCCUGUACCCGAGGUCAGGGGAGGACAGACUGCUAGCUUUGCUCUUAAGAAGAUAAAACGUUCUCAGAUCCGCAAGGGUAUGGUGAUGGUAUCUCCCGCACUGAACCCCCAGGCGUGUUGGCAGUUCGAGGGAGAGAUACUCGUACUACAUCAUCCAACCACCAUCUCCUCGCGGUACCAGGCUAUGGUGCACUGUGGCAGUAUCAGACAGACGGCGUCGAUCCUGUCGAUGUCCCGCGACUGCCUGCGUACUGGGGACAAGGCACUCGUCCGCUUCCGCUUCAUCAAGCACCCAGAGUACCUCAAGAGGGGGCAGAGGAUGGUAUUCCGCGAAGGUCGUACGAAAGCCGUGGGCAACGUGCUCCGUCCCGAGCCGGCCGCGGUGAAGCAGGCCCCGCGCGCCAACAACACGCGACACGACCGGCGCACGCAGCAGCCACACGACAAACCCGACGCACUGCCCGCACAUGUCCAAGAGAGUGACGUAACUGCAACCGACUCUCCAUUCGAGGUGCAGGCCGACAAGCGCGGCGCGGCAGCAGGCGGGGGCGGAGCACCCGGUGCGGGCGGCGGGGGGCGGCGCCCCCGCAAGCGACACGACAAGCCGCCCGACGCUCCCACGCUGGCCGCGGCCGCCAACUAAACUCUCACACAACUCUACUAUACCGUCUACUACUUACUCGCCGGGAAUAUCUGUCUACCUGACGCCUUGCCACACAUUUUGUAUACAACGAGACUAGAACGUACCCAGGUUCACAGAUAUUUUCCAACAGUACGAGCUACUGGCGCUAGGGACACUUUUAAUACUUUCUCAUUUACGGCAGUGCCAGGCAUCGGUAAUACUUUAUAAAUUCAAAGUAACGAAUUUCAUUGGUGAAAAUUUGAAAGGUACUCCUGUAAAUAUUUUUUUCUUCAUAGCUUUAAGAAAUUAUUUUUAGUAUUUGAUUAGCUUCCCUAGCGCAGCUAAUUCGGUCCAAAAGCACUAAAUCAAAGUACAAGGUACUUAGGUCUCAUCUACAUGCCGCGUCGCCGUGUAACGACGUCGGUACUUUCUAUACCUACCUGUGUGUUUACUGUUUAGUACACACUCUUUGACGACAGUUACAUAUUUUUGACUAUACUAUACUAUUAUAACUAUAGGUCUCGUAUCUUGUAAACUUUUCUCGAAAUUUUGUCAAGAUAAUAAAUAUAUUUUUCAAUAUUUAUCUGCUUAUGUGACAUUAAUUUGUAACAGUACAACAGUAAUUGGAAAUGCAAGUUUUAAAUAUUCGUUUCUUUUUUAUAUUUUUAUUUGGGGUUGCCAAUUUUUGUUAUGUAAAUUAAAAUUAUUUUAUGGAAGGAUCCUAAAAAGGAAUCAUUUUGUUUUGGAAUUUAUAAUUAUUUGUUGGUUUCGUAUAUUAUAGUGAUUUGAAUUUGAUUGAUAUUUUCAUUGAGCAGCCUAGGUUCCAUAGGCAUGUUGUGUUGUUUGCUUAGUGGGUAUCUCACUGCACAGGUGGUGAGUGGGAGAGGAGUGAAUCUGUUGUACUUUAUAGUUGGACUAUUACAAAUAAUGCAAUAUUAUAAUAGUGUUAGUGAGGCUAGCUGCUCUACUCCAUAUCAUAAUUCAGUAUUUGAUUACUUCACAGUACCAUUAUAAUGUGAUUUUUGUAGUUUAAGUAAAUGAAUAUUUUUAUGGUUUGUUCCGAGUGAGUGAAAUAAAACUAGCUCAGAUUAA